UUCCUAUCUGUCUACCUUCUCCACUCCUAAAUUAAAAGCUUCAUCAAAACUACACACAUAGAGAAUAUGGCUUCUUGCGGAUCUUUGAAGAGUAUGUGUAGAUUGUCAUCUCUUGUUCAAGAUCCUAACAAUUGUUUUACUUCGCGUAGUCCAUGGACGAAUGCCCGCGGCAAACCGUCAACCAAGCGAAAGUUUACACGGAUCGUGGCUGUUGGAAAGGACAAGUCAAAUAAUGAAACUGUACAUAUACAAAGAAUUGCUAACGGGAGCCCGGCAACGAUAUUAAGGUAUUCGGGGGAGAAACCGGAUACUCCUAUCUUGGAUAAGAUCGAUCAUCCAAUUAAUAUGAAGAAUCUUUCCAUCGAGGAUCUUGAAAAGCUGGCUGACGAGCUCCGAGAAGAGAUUGUGUACACAGUUUCUGAGACCGGUGGUCACCUGAGCUCUAACUUGGGCGUGGCUGAACUAACCGUCUCUCUCCACCAUAUUUUCAACACUCCGAACGAUAAGAUUAUAUGGGAUGUUGGCCACCAGGCAUACCCGCAUAAGAUUUUGACGGGAAGGAGAUCGAGAAUGGGGACGAUGCGACAAACAAGUGGACUCGCCGGGUUUCCAAAGAGAGAUGAGAGUGAACAUGAUGCUUUUGGUGCUGGCCAUAGCUCUACUAGCAUUUCGGCUGGUUUAGGAAUGGCUGUUGGAAGAGACUUGUUAGGAAAAGACAACCAUGUAAUUGCAGUGAUUGGUGAUGGAGCCAUGACUGCAGGGCAAGCAUAUGAGGCUAUGAACAAUGCUGGCUACCUGGAAUCCAAUCUCAUUAUAAUCUUGAAUGACAACCGCCAAGUGUCCCUACCCACCGCCACUCUUGAUGGUCCCGCUCCUCCCGUGGGAGCCCUCAGCCAAUCCCUCAUAAGGCUACAAACUAGCCGGAAGUUCCGCCAACUUCGUGAUGUUGCUAAGGAAGUGACAAAGAAACUGGGGAAUAAAACACAUGAAGUAGCAGCCAAAAUGGACUCUUAUAUGAGGGGAGUGGUGACUGGUCAAGGAGCAUCUAUGUUUGAAGAGCUUGGGCUAUACUAUGUUGGUCCGGUGGAUGGACAUAAUGUUGAAGACCUUGUUUAUGUUCUUAGUAAGAUCAAGUCCAUGCCUGACCCAGGACCCGUUCUCGUCCACAUUGUUACCGAGAAAGGAAAAGGCUACCUUCCUGCAGAAAUGGCAGCAGACAAGAUGCACGGUGUUGUGAAAUUCAAUACUCAGUCUGGGAAACAAACGAAAGCAAAAUCUAAGACCCUUUCAUAUACUCAAUAUUUUGCCGAUUCCUUGGUUGCUGAGGCGGAAAGAGAUGAUAAAAUAGUUGCUAUUCAUGCUGCAAUGGGAGGAGGCACAGGUCUUAAUACAUUCCAAAAACGAUUUCCUAAGAGAUGUUUUGAUGUUGGCAUAGCCGAGCAGCAUGCUGUAACUUUUGCAGCAGGUUUAGCAACGGAAGGGCUCAAGCCAUUUUGUGCUAUUUAUUCAUCAUUCCUCCAAAGAGGCUAUGAUCAAGUUGUUCAUGAUGUUGAUCUUCAAAAGCUUCCGGUGAGAUUUGCCUUGGAUAGGGCCGGUUUGGUAGGAGCGGAUGGUCCAACUCAUUGUGGUGCAUUUGAUACAACGUUCAUGGCUUGUUUACCAAACAUGGUCGUAAUGGCUCCUUCGUGUGAAGCCGAGCUCAUUAACAUGGUUGCCACGGCUGCAACCAUUGAUGAUCGUCCAAGCUGCUUUAGGUUCCCAAGAGGCAACGGAAUAGGUUCAUAUAUCCCAUCCGACAGCAGAGGAACCCCAAUCGAGGUUGGAAAAGGAAGAGUGCUUAAGGAAGGGGAUAGAGUGGCUUUGUUAGGUUAUGGAACCAUAGUUCAAAGUUGUUUAGAAGCAAGCACACUUCUUCAACUUCACGGUAUCUCAGUGACCGUGGCAGAUGCACGAUUCUGCAAACCAUUAGACGGAAACUUGAUCAAACAACUAGCACAUAAUCAUGAAGUUUUAAUCACACUUGAAGAAGGAUCUAUUGGAGGAUUUAGUUCUCAUGUUUCUCAUUUCUUGGCCUCAAAUGGAUUACUUGAUGGAAAUCUGAAGUGGCGAGCAAUGACUCUUCCGGAUAAAUAUAUCGAACAUGGGGCUCAACCAAAUCAGAUCGAAGAGGCCGGUCUCAGCCCAAACCAUAUUGCAGCAACAGUUCUGUCAUUGAUUGGCAAGAGCAAUGAUAUACUUCAUGUUUUCAAUAUUUAGAUUGAGUUAAGCUCUUUAUUUUUUGAUAUAUUUUGUAUAGUCAAGAGAGAUGGCUAUAUCGUAGCACAUGGAAAAGAAACUGAGGCCAAAGUGACUCUCUUUUGAUCACAUACACUUAGUUCUUUCUCUAACAAGAGACAUGGAUGGUUGUUGGUUAACAUUUGUUUAUAUAAUUUGUCAAAAUUACAUUGCUAUUGUAAUAUAUGUCUUACAACAAUAUAAAAUACAACUUUAUUUGUUGAAUGUUA